CUCUCUGACCUACCACCUUAUUUUAAGUCUCAUCACUCUCGUACAUCUUGUACUACAAAAUCCAUCACAACUCUAUUUAUUUACCGUCCCCGUUGUUUGCGUUGGACCUUAUCUUGCACCACCGACAUAUAACCGUCCCCUCUAGUAGCGAUCAGAUACUACCGAUACUACCUAGUACCUCAUUUUCUAUCUCGUCGCGCACAGAUUACAUAACUAAGCUAUGGGUGUCGGAAGAUAUAUUUGUGUGGCGCUGCCAUUCAUAUUAACAGUCGGCAGCAUCAUUUGCUUCUUGAUUGCCGGCCUCACUGGCGUCGCCAACAACAACCUCUACAUCUUCCAAAUUGACAUGAGAAAUGUCAGCGUCGAUGCUUCGACCCUCUCGAGUUUGCUCAGCAACAUCUCCAACUUAGAGAACAUCACCAGCACCAUCUCGAAGGAAAUCAGCUCUCGAUCCCCGGCUCCGGAACCUGUUGAUGUUAGCAGCAUUGUCAGCAGUAUUACUGGAACUGGUAGUGGUAGCAAUGGAAACAUCACGGCGGCUGAUCUUGGAAUCGAUAAGCUUUACGAUGUCACUCUCUGGAACUACUGCACUGUUUCGGCGAACGGAACCGACAAGAACUGCACUCAAGCGAAGUUCAACUGGGCCGAGACCGACUUUAACACCACUUUCGUCAACGACUUCGGUAGCGAUCUAGGUGCCAACAUUACCAUCCCGCAAGAGAUCCAGGAUGCCUUGAACACUUUCAAGCCUCUUAUGAAGUGGACUGAGGUUGUCUACAUCAUCGCUAUGGUUGCUCUUGGCCUCGAGCUUGUCGUUGGUCUAUUCACCGCUUGCUCCCGUCUAGUCUCGUGCCUAACGUGGCUCAUUUCCGGUAUUGCUACCCUUGCUGUUAUCGCCGUUUCCGCUAUGAUGACUGCCAUGGCUGUUGUCGUCGUCGGUGCAGUCAAGGGUGCUAUUGGCAAGUACGGUGGUGACGCUAGCUGGAACGGUAGUUUCCUGGCCUGCAUCUGGAUCGGUGUUGCAUUCGCUCUUGGUGCUAGCUUGUUCUGGCUCUUCUCCAUCUGCUGCUGCGCGCCCGAGCGCCGCCCCUAUGCCGGUCGCUCGCGUGGCGGUCCCGAGGGCGAGAAGUUCAUCCCCACCGGUUCAUACGCCCCGCUUGGUGAGCAACGCAACUCUGGUUACAACUACGGCGCCCCACAGCGCGGUGGUGCCCGCUCAGACCUUGCUUACGAGCCUUACUCUCAUGCUCGUUAAUCGUGGAGGACGUCCUGGAAUGGCGGGGAAAUUCAGUGCGCGAUUGGACCGUUUGGUCUAGGGGUUUGCACCAUUUGCAUUAUGCCGGCGUUAGGGUUUUGAAAUGACAAGACUGGAUGAAAACGCGGUGUUUUCGCGAAUUAUUAGGCAGAGAGGAUAGAUGGAAGGAUAUUUCUUAUGAUGAACGGGAUACCCCGGGUUAUUAUGAUAGUGUUCAAUUUCGCAUAUUUCGCAUAUAAUGAAUGAUAUAUGAAGAAUCAAAGAAUUAAGAAUUUGA